AUGGAUUUUUGGCGAAGAAGUUGUCGCAUUUCAAGACUGGAACACAUCUCAAAUCAAAGAAUACGAGAAAUUAUAGGAGAAAAAGAAACUAUUCUCGACGCCAUUGACGGCAAAAUACUAAAUUGGUACGGACACCUUCAGCGAAUGGAUGAUAACCGAUGGCCAAAAAGUAUUCAUUCAUGGACACCAAGCGAAAGGCGGAAACGUGGAAGACCACCUCGAAGAUGGAAGCAGGGCGUAGUUGAGGCUAUGAAUUCCAAGGGCCUUCAGAAAGAAGACUGGACAGAGAGAAAUCUGUGGAAGUUGAGAAGCGGGAGACGACGAAAGUCGUAA